CGAAAAUUUCGAACCUUGUUAUUUCAAGACCACAAUGUCGGAGGCCGAGUCCAAGCGGUUAGCUCAUUCUGAAUACUGGAACGAGCGCUAUGCCGAAGUCGGCCCUGAUGAACAAGUCCAUGAGUGGUUCAGGUCUUUCAACGUCCUCGAGUCAUUUCUGGGCCGCAAUCUGUUCCAAGUCCGAGCACCAGAGACGGCUCCGCAAAUCCUUCACCUCGGAUCUGGAGACAGCACGAUACCCGAAGACCUUUGGAAGAAAGGUUAUAAGAAUCAAGUUUGCGUUGACUUCUCCACGGUCGUCGUGAACAACAUGUCCAAACAACACAGCCAUUUUGAGGGCAUUACCUGGAUGCACGCCGAUGUGCGCCAGCUGGAUCAGAUCCCCUCCGAAUCCGUGGAUGUUGCCUUUGACAAAGGGACGUUAGAUGCCAUGAUACAUGGGAGCCCUUGGGACCCCCCCGAUGAGGUUCGGGACAACACUGGUCGUUAUAUCCGGGAGGUCUUUCGUGUCCUCAAGCCCGACUCUACUUUUCUUUAUGUGACAUACCGCCAGCCUCACUUCAUAACGCCUCUCCUCAACUGUGAAGGAGUCGAUUGGGUCAUCGCGGUGAACGUACUAGGUGGUUCGGACAGCUCCUUUGACUAUCACGGGUUUGUUCUGAAAAAGGCACCGCUGUCGACGCCCGGGUCGACGACUACCGGGACAGACGACAAAAUAACAGCGCAAGCGCCAACAGGCCCGAGUAAUGAAGCACUUUGACUCGAUGUCCUCGUGGCGAUGCGGAACUACAGGGGGAGGUAGGAUAAUGGUGAAGCUUAACCUAGACUAACUAAUUUAGAGGAAGGGAACUUUUGUAACUAUUACGUUAACCUGAAUCGGGUGCUAAGUUAUAGGUACUAUAGGCUAGGGUAGAGGCGAUAAAUUAGUAACUAUAGGCGGGUGCCGGGAACGGGGCCCCCUAGCCCAGAUUGUGG